CACAGUGUGUAACGACAGUGGCAAGCAUGGAGGAGGCAACUUCGCGAAAGAAGACAAGCGGCAAAGACGAACGUGCAAAAAUGGUGGAUCUGCAGACAACAAGUGCGAAGACACUUAUUAGAGACACUAUUAACGGUUUUGUGUUCUGGAGCUUGUUCCAGGGACUGGCUCCUAUGAUCUGGUUCUACCCUCUCAAUGAGCUGGAGAUAUCAGGAUACGAAGCCUUUGCGGCCGUGUGGUUCUGUCCCAUAUUCUGCAUCAUCCCCGGCUUCCUGUGCCUGAUACAGAACCGAUGGGUCCUUGGUCUGCUGCGGCUGGUGUGUGUGGGGUGCCUGGCAUCCUUUCAGAUGUCAACAACGCUGUCACGGUUGGUGGUGCUAGCUGUCGGAUCAGGAACAGCUACACUGGUGAUGGCAGCCCUGCUGUUCAGCCCAAGUACAAGGAUCAGGUCCCAGUUCUACUGGAGCUUGAUGUUGGGAAUGUUUGCCUAUCUAUCCAGUCGGAUAUGGCUAACAUCAUUUGUUCCCACCUGGUGGUCAACUUCAACAAACACCGCAGUUAUCUCCCUUGGCGCUAUUGCUGCACUUGAUCAGAUUGUCUCAGGUGAUGACAAAAUCGAAGAUGGCUCGAAGCGUUUAACCAGAGCAGAUCGGCCAUAUUGGAUCCCAGCAUCCCUUGCGUUUGGCAGUCUGUUGUAUGUGACACACGCCUGUUUUGGGGAGGUGUCACUCAUACUCAGAUGGGUGGUCAAAGGCUACCCUGACCCUGGCCCAAUGCCUUAUCCAUGGGGGGGCCUUGUACUGCUGAGUCUUGCAUUUGGCACCUACAUGUCACAGUGUCACCAUGUCUCCAAUACCACCUGGUGGUGGGUGUGUGGCCUCCUCAGUUUUGCGAUGUACUUCCUGCCCAGGUGGAUGGGUUUUGGAGGUGGCCUGGUUUUGGCGGUGUACGUAAUGUCUGUCUGGCCGAAAAUAUUUGACCAGAUGUCUGGUUGCCCUGCAACAAGCCUCACACUUGCUAUGAUUGUGUAUGUUGCCGAAGUAUUAUUUGGUGUGUGGACAGUAGCUUACAACUUUGUCUGGGGCGUGUACACCAGGGAGCACACUGAUUGGCUGAUUGGAUUUGUCAUGGUGAUGAUCCUCUUUGGACUAUAUUCAGGUGGUAAAAUAACAGAAAGCAGAGCUGCCUUUGUCACCAUCAACAAAACAAAGAUGCCAUCUACAUCGCAUAGUAUUUUGUUAAUUCUCCUAGUCUUGGCUGGCCUGGGAGGCUUGGGUGCAAGAUAUAACCCUCGUCAGUUCGACCAUGCACCCAAGACUGCCCCUCGUGAAUUUACGGCCGCCAUCUGGACGUACCACUUUGGGUAUGACAACAAGGGCUGGCCCAGCCUGGAGAGAGGGGCCCAGUUACUCAGUGAUACAGGUGCGGACUUCAUCACACUGCUGGAGAGUGACGCAUCAAAGCCGUUCCUAGGCAACAAUGACCUAGGGAUGUGGCUUGGAGAGAGGCUGGGGAUGUAUGUUGACUUCGGAGUGUCCACUAAAGACCACACAUGGGGGAAUUUGAUUCUGUCAAAGUAUCCUAUUGUGAAGUCUACCCAUCAUCUGCUUCCAUCCCCCCAUGGUGAGCUUGCUCCGGCCAUCACAGCCACAGUCAACUACACCGGUAGACUUGUUGACUUCGUUGUGACACACAUGGGCAACGACCGCGAUAUGCUGGACAGAGAGCUUCAGGCAAAAUUUCUUUCAGAUGAACUACAUAAUGCUGAGAAUCCUGCUGUGUUCCUGGGAUAUGUGACAUCUCAGCCAAGGAGUCGAGAUUACUUCCAGCUCAUCAACCAUGGAGAGGUCAAGGACAUUGAUGAGACUGAUCAGGACCGGUGGUGUGAAUACAUCAUGUAUAAAGGGUUAAUAAGACUGGGAUACGCUCGGAUCACACAUGGCGGCCUGAGUGAUACCGAGGUCCAGGUAGCAAGGUUCCGUAUCCCUGACAACCCUAAAAAAUAUUCCGACCAUUCCAAGACAUCCAAUGAUGGAAGUAAGGUGGACAAGAGGAUACGGUUCAAUUCCAAGUUUGGCUCUUACCAUGCUGGCCAUGGGUAUUUCAACGGACAUGGUUUCCACAUGAGUACUCCCAAGUAUUUCCUACCUUGAAUAAUGUCCCACCCUGAAGUAUAGCCCAUCUUGAAGUAUGGCCCACCAUGAAAUACACUUUACAGGAGGAUUUUGAGAUGGUUUUACUGCUUACACACAUGCAUUACGAGUAAUCAGUGUUGUGAACCAUUGAGUGAAGUAGUAAAGUGUGAUGAGUUCACACCUAGCACUAGUUUGUGAAUCUUAGACUUACUGCAUAGUUGUCUGGUAGACAGUAUCUCCUAGCUGAUGAUUUUACACAAAUCAAUAGUUUCUGAGUCUUAGACAGGUAAUGCUCAUUUGUCUGGAGGAUCUUCAAGCUGAUGAUUUUACACUAGUUCUCUAUUAGUUAUUAGCACAUAAUGCAUAACUCGCCCAUGCAAGAUACUGCAGUAUAAUAUUUUUAGGGCAAUAUUACACUAGUGUAAUACCGCUAGAUGUAUGACGUCAUAAUGGUUUCCAGUUAUGAUGUCACAAUGCUACUACCUCUGUCACAAUGGUAUUAGACCUUGCUUGACUUGCGGAAAGCUGAGAGUCAUCACACUGUAGGCAGUUUCUAUCAGUUUAUGUUGGAGAGUGAUAAACAGAAAACUAAACUUACUUCCGUGAAAUACCAUUUUUAUUACACUCAUGAAAUAUUUUGUAUCAAACUCGCUUUCGUUUGUUUGAUACCAAUUCAUUAAGUCAUUCGAGAGAGAGAGAGUUUGAGAGACAGAGAGAGAGAGAGAGAGAGAGAGACUGGGUUGUUGAUGUUCCAUUGUUGUAUUCUGAGGCGAGCAAAAUAGGACCUUGUUCAAUACAACUGUUUAUUUACAUAUUAUCAUAAUAGUUAUGUUGUUGGUUGUAAUUUCAUGAAAAUGUUCCAGUUCAGUCAUUUCAAGGAUGUGUUUUAAACAUAUGAACUGUUUGGUAUUUGAUAAUGACAUGUAUGGGAAGUGUAUGAAUCUGGUGCUGUUUACAUCAUGUUAUUCCUAGCAAAAUGUGUGAAUGUUGAAUGGAAAUUUCCUAGCUGACUGUCAUUCAUGGUAUUGACAGAAAGAAAAUUCAAGUUUGCCUCACGGCCUCAUGAUUAUCAAUCAGCCAUUGAUUAUAUUGUAUUCACUUUUCUUAUAUCAUGCCAAUUUGUCAGAAACACAGAUUAUAUGUUAGUCAGGCCAGACCAAUUAAUUUUCUUGUUUUACGGAUCCGCCUGUCAUAAAUGUUCAAGAAUAAGAAAAAAAAUAUAAAUGAAUUUUGCCCGCUCAAACAAUAAAAUUCUAAUGUUUUUAUUGAUAAAAAAUGUAAACUUACAUAUAUUUUUUGUUUUUGUUUUUUUGCCCCAUAUGCACUUCAUAAAUUGCCAAAAGUAAAAUACUUCUAGUAUUUCAAAGGAAUAUUACUUUGACUGGUGAUUUCCUCCUGUCUUUAGGUUUCCUGAGGACAAAAGUCUGUAAAACAAGAAAUAAAAUUGGUCUGGCCUCACCAUGAUAGGUUGAAGCAUCAUUGAAAAAAUAAUAAGUGAGCUACAGUACCCUGUACAACUAUUUCUAAUACUUCAGUGCUUGUACCUUGGCCAUAAGGUUGUUGUGAGAGUUCGGGACAUAAACAUUCUCAAUAUAGUUGCCUUGUAUGAGAUUUUGAACCAAAGGCGCAGUGUGAGGAUAAAUUGAGGACAGUUAAAUCCCCAGGUAAUCCAGUACUACAUUGAAAACACUCUGUGUGUAUGUCCAUUCUACCGUAACAAAACUUAAUGCAGACUCUUUGAGAGAAGAGUUUAAUGUUUUGAGUUGGUAUUUUAUGUGAAGGACACCUGGUUGGUUGGUUUGUUGUUUAACACCGCACUAAGCAAUAUCCUAGCUAUAUGGCGGCGGUCUGUAAAUAAUUGAGUCUGGACCAGACAAUCCAGUGACCAACAGCAUGAGCAUCAACCUACGCAAUUUGGACACGAUGACAUGUGUCAACCAGGACAGCGAGACUCACCACCUGAUCCCGUUAGUUCCUCUUACGACAAGCAUGGAUUACUGAAGGGCAUACAGACAAUAUCCUUUAUACAACGUGUGACUUAAAACAUGCAUAAUGUUAACAUUUUUGUACUAAUUGUACUAAUUAAGAUGUGUUACACGGCAAACUUCGCAUGGCAAUAUAAAUGUACAAAUCCAUGAAGAGUCUUUCAGGAUUUAGUUCUGUACUGCAUGUCACCAUUAAGAUGUCACAAUGUAUAUUGUGUCGCAAUAGAUAUGACAUCACAGUUGUGACGGAACACCAAACUUCAAUCCCUCUGAUCUUGAUACAAAUGAAGCCGGGCUCCAAGCUUUCCGAUGUUUGUGUCAACUUUGUGUCAUCGGGUCCUGCGGUGUCAUUAUGAACACCUGUUCGUUAAGAUUGUAAUAUGUGCUUCAUUGGUUUGUGUUUAGGCCUUCCAAGAUACAGUUUGGUUAUGUAUGUUGAUUAUGUAAUUUGUGUGGCAGUAUACUUGUAGCAGUGGUCAACAUGACUGGUGUAAGUGAUCUUUGUUUGCUUAACGCCGCACUCUGCAAUAUUCCAGUUUACAUGGUUUUGGUAUUGGUUAUAUGUACGACAUAAAAUAUGUAACAUUAUACACUGAUUGACAUUCAGUAAUAAAGAUGUUGCUUCACAGAA